AUGGAUCCGGUUCUUUUGGUAGGAGCCAUUGUGGCGAUUCUCGGAUGUGCCGCAUUCGGCUUCGUUUCCUUCUUUGGAAAUGAGUCUGAUUCUGGCUACGAGGCACUUGCCCAGGAACGUCGUGAAAUUUUGAACAUCAAGGCGCCCAAAAAAGGCUCCAAGAGCAAGAACGGAAAGAAAGACAAGAAAUCGCGCGCACGAACUGACCGAGAUUCCGAAAGUGUGACAACCGAGGCCGCUGAAACCACCGCGAAAGCAGAAGCGCCAGCUCCAGUCAAGGAAAAGAAGCAGCCCGUUGUCGAGAAAAAGGAGACCCAAAAACCUAAAGCCAAAACCCCUGAGCCCAAAGAAGCCCCCAAGCAAGAAGCAGCUGCCCCUAAAGCCUGGGGUCGGCAUCGGUGCCUCGAAUCAUGGUGCCCCGCCCCGCCCCGCCCCCCCAAAGCCCAGGCAAAGAAGCAAGCUUCUGAAGGAUCUGUCAUCCCAGCUGGAAAGCUCACCGAAGAAAAAGGCGAAAAACUCAUCGGACAGAUUUUGAAAGGACUCGGCGGACGCGUGCCCAAAGGAUCCAAGGUCACUCUUGCUUCGAAUGCCGAGAACUUGAAGAAGAAGAACGACGAGCUCAAGCAGCAGAAUGACAAGACCCAGGCCGAAUUGAACAAACAACUCUCCAAGAUCUUCGACCUCGAAUCUCAAAUCCAAGUCGCCAAAAAAGAAGCUUCCGACGCCAAGAAAAUCUCCGAUGCUGCCAAGAAAGUUUCCGACUCAGUCCGCGAUGAAUCCGCCAAGAAAGUUGCUGAUCUCGAGAGCAAGUUGAAGAACGCCGAAGCUACCAAUGUUCACAUCCAGGCCGCUCUCAGCUCCGCCAUUGCUCGAUCCGCCGCUGUUGGCGACGCUGAAGAAUUGAAGAGCCAGCUCCAGGUCGAACGACAGCUCCGACUAUCCGCCCAGAACGAGAACGUCAAGCUCAACGCUGAAGUCGCCAAACUCGGUGAAGAUCUCGCUGCUUCCAAGAAACAAUCUGAACAGGUUCAAGAAUCCGCUGCUGCCACCGAAUCUCUCAAGCAGGUUGAAGCAUCACUUGCCGCCGAAAAAGCUACCGUCGCCGACUUGACCGCUAAACUCGCCACUUCCGAAUCCGCCGCCGCCGAAGCAAACGCCGCUCUCGCCACUUUGAAGGAGUCUUCCGACGCCGCUGAAAGCGCCAAGGUCGCUGAUCUCGAAGGACAAGUCGCCGAUCUCCGAGUUAAACUUGCUGAAUCCGAGAACGCUAUUGCCAACAACAAACAAGAAGCCCUUGACUCUGUUUCCGCCCGAGAUUCCGCCCUCAACGACAAAAACGCGGAAAUUGAUGGCUUGAGCGCCCAACUCGCACAGCUUACCGAGAAGUGCAGCAAAUUUGACUCCGUCUCCGCUGAGCUCGCAAGCACCAAAGCCGAACUUGAUGCCAAAUCAACCGAAUUGGAAGCCAAAAACGCCGAAAGCGAGCGAUUCGAAACUGCUUCCAAAGAACUCUCCGAUAAGCUCUCCAACAUGAACGAGAACAUCGACCAAUAUGUCGCCAAGGUUAAGACACUCGAAGAGACCAACACUGAAUUGAACAACACCAACGACUCCCUGGUCGCCGCCCAGGCCAAAUUCGAAGCAGAAAUUUCCGAGCUUCAAGAAAAGGUCGUUGAUGUUCAAAAAGAGAGCGAAGCCGCACAGAAGGUCGCUGAUUUGGAAGGAGAGGUGAAAUCACUCAAAGAAAAGAAUGAGCAAUUGCGCGAGCGCAGCUGGAAGACCAUGGACGCCCUUAAUUCUGUUGAAAACAUGGUCACUAAAAAGACGAGCGAACUUGAGGAGGCGACAAAGAAAAUCGCCGAGCUAGAAGCCCAAUCAUCAUCUUCAAAAGCCUCAGAAGAUGCCAAGCAGGAACAGAUAACUGCUCUCCAGAGCAGCGCCGAUCACGCCCAGCAAGAAAACGAGAGACUCACUAAUGUCCUCAAAGAUACAGAAAAGAUGCUAAGCGAGCUUCAAACGGCCGUGGAAAAAGCUGAGGAAGAGCACAAGAAUGAAAUCAAUACAUUAGCCGCCCAGAAAACCGUUUUAGAAUCCCAACUAGAGGAACUGAGUUCCAGCGCGAAAUCCAGCGAAAGCCUAACAAAACAAGUAUCAGAAGCAGAAAAGGCGCUCGAAGAAGAGCGCGAAUCCGCCAAAAAGCUCGCCGAGCAAAACACUAAACUUCAAAAGCUCCUGCAGGGCUCUUAUAAGUCGCUACAGGCGGAGAAAGAGAAAGUUAAAGAACUGACGGCCAAUCAGAUAUCUGUCCCUAGCUCCGAUAGCUGGGACAUUGUUUCUGAGGCCGCCAGUUGUUCUACUUCUUCUUCUGACACAUUGUCUCAGCUUUCCCAAUCAACGCAAGAAGCUGGUCCUUCUUCAUGCUUGAAAGCGCGUUUGGACAGUUGGGACAUUGUGCCCGAUGAUGAGAUAAUAGCGGGCCGAGAUCUUUGCGAGUCCGGCGAUACCGAGACUGACUCUGUCCGUGAAUCAAAUCCGGCGCAGGCCAGCGGCGACGCAUAA